AAUCAGAAACAUAACUCUUAUUUGAAACUAACCAAAAAAAGCAAGAUCAUGGUACCAUUAAGUUAACUCCAUCUAGAACUAUCUUUCUAUCCACCCUUCUUGUCUCAACUCUCAAGUCAUGGCAUUUUCUUUCACUCAACGAUUUUUCCUUUCUCCUUCACUUCUUCUUCUCCUUCUCCUGAUUGCUCUCUCUGCUUCUUCUCUUACUCCCACUUGUUUUUCUGACAGUGUUUUUGAUUCUCAAGCAGCGCAUGCUGGGAGGAACCUUCUUCAGGCUAAAAAAAGUUGUCCUGUGAAUUUCGAGUUUUUAAACUACACAAUAAUCACAAGCAAAUGCAAAGGACCCCAGUACCCUCCCAAGCAAUGCUGUGCUGCAUUGAAAGAGUUUGCUUGCCCUUAUGCCAAUGCUUUAAACGAUUCAACGAAUGAUUGUGCUGCAAUCAUGUUUAGUUACAUUAAUCUCUAUGGAAAGUACCCUUUCGGCUUCUUUGCUAGUGUGUGUCGCCAAGGGAAGAAAGGUAUUACUAUUAACUGUCCUGCUUCUGCUGCAUCGCCACCAUCAGUAUCAGAAGAUGGCACUGGAAUGAAAACUCACCAGAUACGUGUGUGACAGUAAUAGUAGUAGUCUAUUUUCCAUGUUGUUAUGUUACAUGUAAUAAGGUUUGUUCAGUACUUACACUGGACAAGUACUUAACCACUUCAGUUCAAAGACAUGUUAAAUUUGCACUCAGAUCAUCCUGGGGAUGCAACUUAUAACUACUAUGUUGGUUUCACAAGCUGUCUCUAGUAGGAAAUGCCAGAAUAUUUUUACUUUCAUCA